GAUGAUUUUGAUUCUUUAGUUUAUGAUUCUACUAUUUUCUUCCUUACUUCCCUCAUCCUCGAUGACUUGCUACUUCUGAUCCCUUUCGUUGUUCCCUCAAUCGCCUUUCCGACAUCGCACCACCAUGACCAUCCCAAAGCUGGCUUGUUUACAGCUUACCUGAUGCAAUUGAUAAAUAUUUCCCCAAAAGACGCCAAGUCUUCUUCGUGUCUUUCUCUUCCGCCUGGCCCCAACGGCCGGCCGAUGAUGACUCCCCAAACGCGGAUGCACAAUUAUCUGCCCAACGGGCGGUCAUGCGAGUCGAAAACGGAUUGUAUGAAAUCGGGUCCCCAUGUGAUGGCUGUCGUGGUGAAGCAAUGCGAAUAA